AUGCGUGCCCUCCGCUCCUCGACAGCGGUGCUGCUGCCGCUCGUCGCUGGGCUUCUCUCGCUCGCCGUCUGGGCAACGCCUCCUCCGCAGCGCCCCGGCGGGUGGCUGGGACAUGACCUCAUGCGCUACUACGCCUCAUUCGAGGAUCUCAUCGCCGGCCAACUCGCACGCUGGUACUGCUUCGGUCGUGGUCGGCUCGCGGUCUCGUCACAGGAGCACGUCUGGUCGAGUGUUGCCUCGCCGCCGGCUGCGAUGCCACCGCUCACUGUCCCGACCUGGCUGCCACCUGACAUGAUCCGAAGGGCGGCGGGCGAAGCCAAAUUCGGCGACCCGGUCCUCUUUGACGACCUCCAGACUCAAGUGCUGGAACGGCUUCGGCCGCACGUUGCGCCAGACGAGUUCACGCAAAGGAACCUGCAUCGGCUCAUCCGCUUCGAUCCACCUCCUGCCGGGUGGCUGGACUACGAGCAUAAGGCGCGGGUCGUGCGAACCGUCAGCCGCCGUACGAGGGGCGGGGACCUCAACCUGUGGCUGUUUCGAAACGUCGACACGCCAACCCACACCAUCAUGUUCUUCCACGACCUCGUCGUCCGCGCCGCGCUCGCCGGCCGCGACAUCUUCACCGUCCGCAGCUACACCGCCUUUGCCAUUCCCCGCUUCCCAAACGGGCUCAUGGUCUUUGUCGGGCAGGUCCACGUCAACGAAGUCCUCGUGUCGCGAAAGCCGCCCGCGGUCCCCAUCGCGUUUGCCCCACGCCCGGCUACGGGCGACAUCGGGAGCGCAAGCAGCGGUCAUGAUCCCGACUCUUGA